CCGCUCCGGCCCCUUCGCCCCCGGGGGGGACCGAGCAGCUUUGUUCCUGCGCAGCAGCUGGGCUGGCUGCCGCUGCUGCCUUUCUCCCCAAAGAAGCGUCUCCCCUUUCCCUAUUUUUCUGUUUCUCACACACUUUCUAUUUUAUUCUCUGAGUGCCAAGACUUACCUUUUUACUGUAUUUAUUUAGUUAUCUGUUUGAAAACUAGCUCUCUCUCCGGACCCCUGGCCUGCGGGGGGCCCCCAGACCUAUUUCAAGUCUUAUCUGGAGAGUCAGUUUGCUAGAUUUGGGGGAAGGGUCGGGGGGGUCGCUGGCAGGUGACCCUCAGGAGGGGGCUGCCUGGGGCUGGCGUCUUCUCCAGACACUGCUUCCUGUGGAUCCGCCGGGACUCGGACCCUAGCUGGCAUCCCUCUGAGCUUCUCCCCCCGCCAGGACAUGUUCCAGUAGACCCUAACGGCGUCUCUUCCUGGCCCAGAAACGCUUGUUCCCAAGCACGAGAGAGCCAUGGGCAGCCUGCAAGGGAGCGUCGUGGCCCAUCUCCUCUGGACGCUGCUGCUCUGGAGUGGGGACAGCAGCUGUCAGGCCCAGAGGGCAGGUUGCAAAAGCGUCCACUACGACCUGGUCUUCCUCCUGGACGCCUCCUCGAGCGUGGGCAAGGAGAACUUCGAGAAGGUCCGGCAGUGGGUGGCCAACCUGGUGGACACGUUCGAGGUGGGCCCGGACCGCACCCGCGUGGGCGUCGUGCACUACAGCGACCGGCCGACCACUGCCUUCGAGCUGGGCCGCUUCGGCUCACGGGCCGAGGUCAAGGCGGCGGCGCGGCAGCUGGCCUACCACGGCGGCCACACGCACACGGGCGACGCGCUGCGCUACGUCACGCGGCACAGCUUCGCGCCGUGGGCCGGCGGCCGCCCCGGGGACCGCGCCUUCAAGCAGGUGGCCAUCCUGCUGACUGACGGCCGCAGCCAGGACCUGGUGCUGCCCGCCGCCGCUGCCGCGCACCGCGCGGGCAUCCGCAUCUUCGCCGUGGGCGUGGGCGAGGCGCUGCGGGAGGAGCUGGAGGAGAUCGCCUCCGAGCCCAGGGCCGCGCACGUCUUCCACGUGUCGGACUUUGACGCCAUCGACAAGAUCUGGGGCAAGCUGCGGCGCCGCCUGUGCGAGAACGUGCUCUGCCCCAGCGUUCGUGUAGAAGGAGAUCGCUUUAAGCACACCAAUGGCGAAAGCAAGGAAAUCACAGGUUUUGACCUGAUGGAUUUGUUCAGUGUGAAGGCGACCUUGGGGGAGAGAGAGAACGGGGCGCAGAGUUCCUACGUCCGGAUGGGAUCCUUCCCUGUGGUGCAAAGGACUGAGGAUGUGUUCCCGCAAGGCUUGCCUGAUGAGUACGCCUUUGUCACCACCUUCCGGCUCCGGAAGAUGUCUCGGAAAGAAGACUGGUAUAUCUGGCAGGUCAUCGACCAGUACGGCAUCCCGCAGGUGUCCAUCCGGCUGGACGGCGAGAACAAGGCCGUGGAGUACAACGCUGUGGGUGCCAUGACGGAUGCCGUCAGGGUGGUCUUCCGAGGUCCGCGGGUCCAUGACCUUUUCACCCGGGACUGGCACAAGUUGGCCCUGAGCAUCCAGGCCCAGAACGUCUCCCUGUACAUAGACUGUGCGCUGGUGCAGACACUGCCCAUCGAGGAGAGGGAGAACAUCGACAUCCAGGGGAAGACCGUGAUCGGCAAGCGCCUCUAUGACAGCGUGCCCAUCGACUUUGACCUACAGCGGAUCGUGAUUUACUGUGACUCGCGACACUCGGAACUGGAGACGUGCUGUGACAUCCCCUCGGGCCCGUGCCAGGUGACCGUGCUGACGGAGCCCUCACCCCCGCCCCAGCCGCCUCCCACCUCCGGCAGUGAACAGAUCGGGUUUUUGAAGACUAUCAACUGCUCCUGCCCAGCUGGAGAAAAGGGUGAAAAGGGCUUUGAUGGCCCAGUGGGACUCCCCGGCCCAAAGGGGGACAUGGGAGCCCCUGGGCCGCCUGGAGCUCCUGGACCCAAGGGAGAGAAAGGAGAUACGGGCAGAGGACCUUUUGUCCAAGGAGAAAAGGGUGAAAAGGGUUCCCUGGGCCUAUCGGGUUCCCCUGGGAGAGACGGCAGCAAAGGCAUGCGGGGGGAGUCGGGAGAGCCAGGAGAGCCGGGGCUGCCCGGGGAGGUGGGCAUGCGGGGACCCCAAGGACCUCCUGGACUUCCCGGACCUCCCGGCCCCGUCGGAGCUCCUGGUCUCCAUGGAGAACGAGGUGAAAAGGGAGCCCGAGGAGAAAAGGGGGAGAGAGGCCUGGAUGGAUUCCCCGGGAAGCACGGGGACACCGGAAAGCAGGGAAGACCCGGCCCUCCUGGCAUGCCAGGGCCCCAGGGAGAAAAGGGUGCCGUGGGGCCGGCAGGACCUCCCGGGGUACCGGGCUCGGUGGUGCAGAGAGAGGGCCUGAAGGGCGAGCAGGGAACCCCGGGACCACGAGGUCACCAGGGCCCUCCCGGGCCACCAGGCGCUCCGGGUCUGAUGGGUCCAGAAGGCAAGGAUGGACCUCCUGGUUUGCCAGGUCUCCGAGGAAAGAAAGGUGAGACCGGCCCUCCUGGAAUCCCUGGAUUGCUGGGGCAGCAGGGCCCCCCAGGACCACCUGGCGUCCCAGGCCCCCCUGGACCCGGAGGCCCCCCGGGUUUGCCUGGAGAGAUCGGCUUCCCAGGAAAACCCGGGCACCCUGGGCAGGCGGGACCUCCUGGAAAGGAUGGGCUGAACGGACCCCCAGGCCUGCCAGGACCCAAGGGAGACCGGGGAGACAGAGGGGCGGACGGUUUGCCCGGACAGCCUGGCCCACAGGGAGAAGCUGGGGGGCAGGGCCUGGCCGGCCGACCUGGAGACAAGGGAGAGGCAGGGCUCCCAGGCGUGAGGGGAGAGAAAGGAGAACAGGGAGAGAAAGGGGAACUGGGACUCCCGGGACCGAAAGGUGACCAAGGUGCAAAGGGUGAAACGGGUCCAGCAGGCCCCCCGGGAUUACCUGGAACUGGAGGACAAGGGCCCAAAGGAGAGAAGGGCAAUCCCGGCGCGCCUGGGGAAGCGGGAUCACAGGGUCAUCCUGGAGAACUGGGGCCUCGGGGACCCAUCGGACCACCGGGUGCCAAGGGGCAGGAAGGCGCGCAGGGGCCGCCCGGAGCAGCUGGGAGCCCCGGCGCUCCUGGACCUGUAGGUCCCCCUGGUUCCCGUGGCCCCCCAGGAAGUGCGGGCCCCCCGGGCACCAGAGGCCCCCCUGGGAAACAUGGGGAGCGCGGUGAGAAGGGAGCAGUGGGAGAGGAAGGAAGGCCAGGGCCAGGUGGCCCCAGGGGCGAUCCUGGUGCCCCUGGGCUCCCGGGGCCGCCCGCAAGAGGGAAAGAUGGAGAACCGGGACUUCCUGGACCACCUGGACCACCUGGACCUCCAGGAACUAAGGGGGACCGUGGUGCACCUGGGAUCCCCGGCUCUCCUGGCAACCACGGAGACCCGGGCGUUGGGGUCACUGGCCCUCCUGGCCCCUCUGGACCACCAGGAGACAAAGGGCCUCAGGGGUCUCAAGGCCCACCUGGAUUCCCCGGUCCCCAGGGACCAGCUGGCCAAGACGGUGUACCUGGAAACCCAGGAGAAAGGGGGCCUCCUGGCAAACCAGGCCUCUCUCCACUACUGUCUCCAGGGGACAUAAAUCUCUUGGUUAAGGAUGUGUGCAGUGACUGUCCCCCAGGUCCCCCAGGCCUCCCUGGUCUGCCAGGUUUUAAAGGGGACAAAGGUCUCCCGGGAAAGCCAGGGAGAGAAGGCACAGAAGGGAAAAAGGGAGAUGCUGGGCCCAGAGGCCUCCCAGGGCCCCCAGGAAAAGAUGGACCACAGGGAAAUAAAGGAGAACGUGGUGCAGAUGGUGAGACUGGACAGAAAGGUGAUCAGGGUCAUCCAGGAGUUCCAGGUUUCAUGGGGCCCCCAGGGAACCCUGGGCCACCGGGGGCAGGUGGAAUUGCCGGAGCUGCGGGACCGCCAGGAAUCCAAGGAUCCCCGGGGAAAGAAGGUCCUCCUGGCCCCCAAGGCCCAUCUGGAUUACCUGGAAUCCCAGGAGAAGAAGGCAAAGAAGGCAGAGAUGGAAAACCAGGGCCCCCUGGAGAGCCGGGCAAAACAGGAGCGCCAGGUCUGCCAGGACCGGAGGGUGCCCGCGGUCCCCCUGGCUUCAAGGGACACACAGGCGACUCUGGCCCCCCUGGCCCCCGGGGAGAGCCUGGGGCCAUGGGGCCCCCUGGCCGGGAAGGGUCACCAGGAAAAGAUGGUGACAUUGGACCCACAGGGCCACAGGGUCCCCGAGGACUGAGGGGCUUACCGGGUAAGAACGGAUCGCCUGGAUCUCCAGGAGACCACGGCACUCCAGGCCAGCCCGGCCAGAAGGGAACCAGAGGAGAAGACGGCAGCCCAGGGCUCCCUGGCUUCCUGGGUCCCAGUGGGCCGCAGGGUGAGCCGGGAGAGAAGGGAGUCCCAGGCAAGGAGGGCGCCCCUGGGAAGCCGGGAGAGCCGGGACCCAGAGGAGAAAGGGGAGAUCCUGGCAUCAAAGGUGACAAAGGACCUCCCGGUGGCAAGGGCCAGCCUGGAGACCCUGGGAUCCCAGGCCACAAAGGUCACACAGGCCUAAUGGGCCCCCAGGGACUACCUGGGGAGAACGGGCCGGCCGGGCCACCGGGGCCCCCGGGCCAGCCAGGAUUUCCAGGACUGAGGGGGGAGUCUCCAUCCAUGGACAUCCUGCGGCGGCUCAUCCGAGAAGAAGUGGAGAAGCAGCUGGAAACCAAACUCGCCUACCUCCUGGCCCAGAUGCCCUCAGCGCACACCAAGGCCUCUCAAGGCAGACCCGGGCCCCCAGGGCCCCCUGGAAAAGAUGGGCUUCCAGGUCGGGCAGGCCCCAUGGGGGAGCCAGGACGGCCUGGGCAGGGGGGUCUGGAGGGACCCUCUGGGCCCAUAGGUCCCAAAGGUGAGCGAGGAGCCAAAGGUGACCCAGGUGAACCUGGAGUUGGCCUCCGAGGCCAGGUGGGACCUGCCGGGAUCCCAGGUCAACCCGGGGAACCUGGCUAUGCUAAAGAUGGGCUGCCCGGGGGUCCCGGUCCUCAAGGGGAGACAGGACCAGCUGGACACCCUGGCCCCCCAGGACCCCCCGGCCCCCCUGGCCAGUGUGACCCCUCCCAGUGUGCCUACUUCGCCAGCCUCGCUGCUGCUCGACCUGGUAAUGUGAAGGGCCCAUAGAAGAUUCCCGAAUGCCAGGAAACGGCGGUGGAUUUCUGAAACUUGAACGCAGAGCCCGAUGGGAAGCAGAGGUCUUGAGACAUUUCAGCCUUGUGUUUUUUUUCUUUCUUUCUUUUAUCAUUUGUUUUUGUCUUAUUUUCUUGAGAGACCUCAACAUUAUUAAAACCAACAGAUGCUGCCGGUCGGUCAGAUUAUUAUUAUUAUUGUUGUUGUUGUUAAUUAUUAUUAUUAUUUCAUAUGGUAAUGCUUUUCAAGUUUUUCCCCUCUCCUCUUAAGUUGGGAAAACUUGAUUCGUGGGGCAGGGGAUUGUUUGUUUCCCGUUCUUCUGACAGCCCCCAUUUGAAGCAUAGCUGCCGGUUUUAAGGAAACUCUCGGUGCUAUAAACCCCGACCAGACACUUGCCAAACUUACCUCUUUCCUCAAAAGGAAACUUUAAGAAAAUGAGGCAAUGGGCUUCUAUUCUUGAUUGUGCCCAGAGGUCGCCCAGGGAGAAAUUAUCCACCAGUCGCUACUUCCCAGGAGAGAUAAGUAAAGCAGGAAGAGAAGGAGUUUGCAGACAUGAAGAACAUUCUCUCCUCCUGAUGGAAAGUGCACGCAGAAGAGCACAGGAUCCCUCCUCUGGGAGCCAACUCAGCGCCUCGGUGUUUCAAACCUGCGGAAGUGAAACACUGUUGUGUGGCUGGCAACAGCUUCCUGGAAUCCCACAUCUGCACCAAAAAUGCAGGAGCCGGUGUGGAAAGAGUAGGCCCUGUGUGUUAAGUUGGCUUCUGAGCCAUGGACAGAACUCCCCCCUGCCCCUCACUGUUGGUUUCACUCUAAUUUUGAAAUAAGGGGGUCCAGAGACCACUCCCGUGUGUUUUCCUGAUGGUGGGCAAUUGGCCGGGGUGCUGGCCAGGGCUGGGAAAUGUGUGCCUCCAGCUUCUGGCUCUGAAAUAAAUGGCAUCGAGUGUGUGUGUGUAAAUGACAUGCCCAGCUUGAACAGGUGCUCAAUAAAUCCAAG